UGUGCAUACAUAUAUUCAUAGAUAUUAAUUUUCCAGAAAUAGAAUAAUGUCCAUAACGCUUGAUUUUAAUAUAAAAAAAUUAAAUCGCAAUACCAGUAAAGGAUUGCACUUGCACUACUUGCCUGCAAAAAUCGAUGGUGAUGCUCACGCGAAUGUCGACACAUAUUUUAACAACUACACUCGCUCAGAACACCCUUUUGAAGGAAGAGUUUCAACAAAUGCAUUACGAGGUUAUCCUCUGCUGGGAGAGCAAAUCGGUGUGCCUGAUGGAUUUAAAGCUGCUGUUCUACAAGAAACAAGACAAUCAAUGAGAGGCUUGACAGCCCGCCAAUUACGCUUGACAGGCACAUUUGAUAAAUUAAUGUUUUGGAACUACGAUAGACUACCAUCCAAUAGCGAUUGUUACCGUCAGGCAAUGAAAAUGAUAAAGGUGUCGGAUGCUCUUACUGUACCUGUGGAUGAUGAUGAAAUAAAGCGACAAACAGAGGACCACGUGUAAAACAAAAAAAACCUCAGAGCUGAACAUGCAAAUUUUAGUAUACAUGUACAUACAUAAAUAAGUACUAUGAAUUUAUUCUUUUACGAAAAUAUUAAACACAAGAAUAAUUUAUUGAUUUA